UCUCACUGUCUGUGCUCACUCCCCAGCGUGCGGCAUGACAAUGGUAUCAGAUCGGAUUGUAGGGGGAAAGGACAGUAAAAAGAAAGAAUGGCCCUGGCAGAUCAGUCUGAGCUACAUCGGAGAACCUAUCUGCGGGGGAUCCCUUAUCACCAACAGCUGGUUUCUGACUGCUGCUCACUGCUUUGAUUCGGAAAAGGUUUCCCAAUAUAUAGUUUCCCUUGGGGCUUAUCAAUUGUCCUACCUUCAAAAUCCCAACACAGUAUCCAGGAGGGUGAAGAGAAUGAUCAUACACCCAGAUUACCAGUAUGAAGGAUCUAACGGGGACAUUACCCUUAUUGAACUGGAUCAACCUGUCACUUUAACCCCUUACAUUCUCCCAGUCUGCCUCCCACCCCCGGCUGAUCCCCUUCCUACAGGGACUAAAUGCUGGGUGACUGGAUGGGGAGAUAUCAGAGAAGGACAGCCUCUAGGUAACCCUAAAACCCUGAAGAAGGCUCCAGUAAGUCUAAUUGACUGGAAUAGCUGUGAGUCCAUGUAUGAAUCCAGCGUGAAAUACAAACCUAAUGUCCCUUUUAUCAUGGAUGACAUGUUCUGUGCUGGUUACAAGGAAGGACAAGUAGACGCUUGUCAGGGAGACUCUGGUGGGCCUCUUGUAUGCAGAGUCAACAAUACAUGGUGGCAGUAUGGCAUCAUCAGUUGGGGUGUUGGAUGCGGACAAGCUAACCAACCGGGUGUCUAUACCAAAGUCUAGUAUUAUCAUGCUUGGAUACAAGAGAUCACUUCAAUUAAAACCAGCAAAGAGGCAGCAAGCAGUGCUGUUGAUAUGACAAAGCAACUUGAACAGUCCAUGAACAGCAGUGUUGGGUUUCUUGAGACUCAUACUACAAACAUAACAACCAAUUCCAGUGGGACAAGUUUGGAACUCAUUAAGACUUUAGAUGAUGGGGCUCUUAAUCCCAUAUGUUCUUAUCUACCUAUAGUACUUUCUCUUUUGUAUUCCUGUAUUAGUCACCUUUGGUAAGUUGCAGUCUGAUAAGUUCCCCUGACUAUAAACAUAACAUUCCACUUGGACAGGAAGGAAAACAAAGAUUAUUCAUGUCCACACAUGACAUAGGGAAGUUUCCAUCAUUGGAAUUCAUGGUGGUAUUUCUCUCAAUAGUUAAUUCCUUAAGUCUUAGGAGUUAAGAGGACCCAGAGUCAACUAAUCAGAGACCCUGGUGAGUUAAUCCAUUAAAUCUCCAUUAAAGGAUAAGUAAAACUUUAAAAUAAGUGAA